AUGUUAUUCAUUAUACUUCACAAGGGUCGCGACGCUUGGUCCGUGAUUCGGGCAUCAAUCACCCGGCACUUGCCAUUGAGACGCGACUCCGAAAUCAUAAUUCCCGCAACGACAGCGACAACUGAGAAGACUCAUGACCAGACUGAUGCCCAAAGCACAUCGGCACCACCAGUCCUUGAUAUCCACGAUCUUUCUUCCUCCCUGCCAGCCAAACGGGAUAUGCCCUACUGCAGCGACACGGACCGGAUAGUCGAGCAGCUAGCGCAGCUAGCUGCCACGGCCAGUCUCGCGAGCUCCAAUCCCACAGUUCAGCACAACCGAUCAUCAUCGAUUUAUACCUCAAACUCCCUGAACACGAGACCCGCUGGUGGCGAGAACGAGACUGAUGCGGAGCGCGAAGAGGAGUCGUUCCAUUAUCUGGGGAGUUUGAUCACCAUCCCUUCCCGUCUCCCCCAGCAUUCACCCGGGCACAGUCCCGCCUCGUCGACCACUGAGCACCCAGGAAGCCAGUCACCUGGUGGAAAGAGAGCGUCAUCAAGGCUCAGUUUCCGUCUUACCGAGAUCCCCAAACUUCCUUUCCACUCCAAGAUAUCGCGCAAGCCGUGUCCUCGCUAUACUCCCCUCCCUCCCGUGUACAAUCAGAAGCCAAUCACCAUGCGGCCAGAAGUACGCUUUUGA